GGUUUUUGUUGUGAAGUGUCGUGUUUAAGAUACAUUUUUUCUAUUUGAAUGUAAAAAUGUGGUAUUUUAUACAUUUUUUGGUAAAUAAAUUACGCCCGAAUAAUUGGUAUAAUAAUUACAUGGUAAUUUAUUCGACUGACUUCAUUGAACCACUUUUGGUCGACUAAAAUUCGAUUGAUUAGACGACUUAUUGUUGAAUAUUUAUUUAAUUUAUUCUUCAUCAUGUAUCUACUUAAUACAAGAGACAGCAAUGCAAAUUGCAGUCAUAAUGAUUAUAUUAAAAGUUUUCUAUCACAUGACAACUUUUUUUAUUGUUGUAAAAUAAUUGUUUCAAAGUGGUUUUAUAUUCUGUUUACUAAUGUUUGCAAUGGAUAUCGUUUGUGAUGUAGUUCCUGCUAAAAGAAAUAAGAGCUGUGGUGAUUAUUCAUCUGUUAAUGAUACUUUACCUGUUUACAAUCUGAAAUAUGAAGAGCGUGAUCUUCAAGAAAUUGUAGUUGAUACUGAAGUUCCCGAUUAUGUUGGUAAAACUCUUAUUCAUCCUUUUAAUCUCCAUUGCAUGCUGUGUAAUAAAACAUGCUGUGAUGAAACGUCCGUGUUUACUCAUAUAAACAGUCCUAAACAUUUGAUGCACAAUUGGAAGAAAAAGGAAGCUAUUGGGAUAGUCAGUAAAGAAUUCAACACAUUUAUACUGUGCUGUUUGUCAGAUUUGAUUGCCUUUGUACAUGUUUAUUAUAAAACCCAUGGAUUGAAUGAAAUUGUUGUUGCUAAUAGAGAAUUUAUUUUUUCUGAAAAUACGGACCACCAUAGUGGUAAUGCAGAAACAAGCAAUAAAAUAGUUGUCACUUCUCCAAGGUUCAUACCACCGGUCGAGAAUUCAGUGUAUUUUAGAAUAAUUGUAGAUCGAGAAGAUUCUCAAUUAUUUUAUGAAAGCAGAGCUGCUAGAUAUUCACAUCUCACUGGUAAUAUUGUUAUUGAAACUAAAGGUAGUAGUUAUCCGAAAAUCGCUUACAUAUAUGAAUUAUUCAACAAAGGAAUACCUUCUUGUGGACCGCUGUUUGUUGACUUACUUGAAUGGUGUUCUGAAAAUAUACCUCCCUCAACUGUUGUCUGGUGUUCUCUUUGUUGUAAAAGUAUAUCAAUUCAGUGUUUACGCUAUCACUUAUCUGAAGAUCACACAGUUUCUAAUUCCCAGUUUUUAUAUGCGUUGAUGUGUCAUAAAUGUGAAACAUUUUUUCUUAUUGAUUAUGGGGAUAAAAUGCAUCAUGUUCACAAUAAAGGGAUUACAAAAAAGAUUUUGAGAAAUCAAUUAAACAAAAAAUUUAAUGCUGUACAUUUGAUGCCGGACAUUUCUGCAGAAGCAAUCGAGAUCUACAUGAAUGAUUUCCAAAAAAGAUAUAACCUGAAAAAAUCUGACUUGAAGUUUGAGUGUUUGCUAUGCUUUUCUCCAUUAGUAAAACGUUUUACUGAAUUUGUGAAUCAUUUGAGAGAAUCAUCACAUUUGGAUAAACUAGUGCAAGAAAGUAGGAAAUUCACUGCUUUUUGUGAUGCAUGUAAUAUUAUUUUGAUAGCUCAGAAUGUUAAUAGACUUUUUGAUCACUUUGAAGUACAUAAGUCAAUUUUAAACAUGAGUGAUAGCAUUGAAGAUUCUCCAAUAAUGGCUACUAGUGAUAUUGAUGUCACAAUGCAAACUGACUCUAAUAACUGUGCUGAGUCGACUAUCAUAUACCCAAAAGUAGCAAAUUUCAGUGAAUCUGCUUUUCAGUUUACUAAUCCAGGAGUUCAAGAUGAUUUUACUGUUACUAGAGAUAUGACUAUUGAAAAUAUUGAAGAAUACAUUGAAGAAACGUUUUAUUCGAUUUAUUCAGAUCUCAAAAAGAUAUAUUUUGCCUGUUUGAACUGUACUUCAUCUAGAAUGGAUAAAAGAUCAUUUUUUAACCAUUUAAAAAAUAGAAAACACCUUAUGAAAGUGCGUCCAUUCUCAGAUUUAAUUUUCUUUGUUAAAAUAUGUGAUAUUUGUCAAAUGUUUCUGUUGGGAUCUCACAUUGAAUUAGUGAAGAAGCACUUUACCUCCACUGAUCAUAAUCAAAAUAUUAAGUGUAGAAUGGAGUUCAUCAAACGACAGUAUGUUGAUAGCUCAGGGAAGAUGAAGUUAGGAUGGUCUGGUAAGCUGACAGACAGAAGUGUGGAGUUAUUUUCUUCUAAAGAAGGGUUAAAUAACCAUAUUGAAUCCUGUUUAAAAGAAGCAGUAGAAAUUUGGCAAAGUGCUUCAUUUGUUCAUGGAAUGCUAGAUAGAGAUAUAAGAAAGACAUUAGAGCCAAUCUGUGGUCACAUAGAUGUUAAAUUUUUUGGUUCAAGAAUCUAUGGAUUAGCUCGGCAAGAUAGUGAUGUGGAUAUAUGCAUUGAUGGUGCGACUAUUCAAGAUUUAGAGCAAGGAUUUUCUAAAUCAAUGAGUUUAUUUUGUGUUAAAGAAAUCAUCAAAGAAGCUAAAGUUCCUAUCAUAAAAGUAGGACACAUAUAUACCUCUCUAGACUGUGAUAUCAACUGUUGCGAUACCGGUGCAGUGUAUAAUUCAGAACUUGUUAAAGUAUACAUAGCUUUGGAUCCUCGAGUGCAGUGGCUAUUAAUGGCAGUAAAAGAAUGGGCUGCCAUUAAUUAUAUCAGAGGAUCUCAGAAAUUCACCAGUUACGGAUUAAUUUGGCUAGUACUCUUUUUCUUGAUGCAACCUGAUAUUUGUUUGGUUCCUCCUGUGAAUCUUUUAAAAAGCCUUUACAAUGGACCUAAAACAUUGAUUAAUGGGUGGAAUUACUCAUUUUCAAACCACAUUGAAUUGAUUAAGCUCCACCAUAACCCAUUGGCUUGUCAAAAAAACAAGUAUGAGCUCCUUCUUCACUUCUUUCAAUAUUAUGCCAUGUUGAAGGCAAAGAGGGUUGUGCUGUUUCCUCUGACUGGAGAAGUCUAUCCACGAUCUAUGCUCGCCAACACGGAUCUGUGUAUCUGCCCAGAAUUAGCAAUGAAUACGGAGGAUACAGAACCUGUAAGAAUAGGUGGGCAGUUUGUGCUGUUAGAUUGUUUUCGUUUGCGAUACAAUAUCUUAAAGAAUGUAGAGGAGAACCUGGCGGAUCAUUUUAAGUUGAUAUGUGCGAAAACGUAUGAGAGUAGCUCCUGGAGGUCUUAGAUAUCUGCUUCUAAUGAAUGUGGAGGCUCCAUGAGUUUUUACUUUCUGCCAUAUAGGAUUCUAAAUGGUAUAUUGACAGUAACAAGAGAAAAUGUAGGAAUUACAUUAAAGUAAUUUAAAAUAUGAUCUUGUUGACUAAUCUAUUUGAUAAUUUAAGUUGAAAAAUGUUUUUUUUGAUAACUUUGCCAUUAGGA